AUGGACUCGGAAUCCGCAUCCACAAGCACCGUAGAAGAGCGCAUUGGACUUACGUCACUGUCCCUGAAAUACAACAAGGACACAUCCAAACCACGGAAGUACCUCGUCUUACGAGCAGCUGCUACCUUUCUCAUUGCUAUCCUGACUGUAUGCGGAGCUUACGCGGUCGGAGCCCAAGCACUCGCAACGCUGACGCGGGAUGACGCCACAUGUCUGUGCGGUGUCACGACUGCGGAAGGAAUCUCGGGGAACUGCAAGUUCGACGAAAUCGAGUUAUGCUGGUUGAAACCGGAAUGCAUUGACUUCGAGCUAACGCACGAGUUCACGACGGCUUCUCGUUCUGACAAGGGGGGCGUGUGGCUAUACCAGACCGAACUGGAUGGCAAAUAUCGCCUUAUCAAUGGGACCGAACUAUCGAUGCUCAUUGAGCCCGGGCGGACCAUAUGGUUCACGUACGAGCAGCAUGUUGCGCACUGCGUUUUCGCGUGGAGGAAGCAGUUUCGACAGCAAUUCACAGGUAUUGUGAUGCCUAUGACCGCAUCGGACGAAGGUCAUAUCAGGCAUUGCGGAGAGAUGUUCAUGCUGGAUGCUAGAUUGGGAGAGAGGCGUACUAAGCUGGUCUACCCUUCUGAAGUGUAG